GAUGCUGCAGCUGAGAAAUGGAUCUGUGCGCACUCAGCAUAAAAGGACACCCCCUCCCCCUCCUGGUCUUGCUGGUCAUCUAGAAGCCUCAUAACUGAAAGAACCAGUUCCAUGGUAACCACAGGCAAUCACUCAGAUUUGAGUUUUUGAAGCCAUCAUGAGCCGACAAAUGAAUUUAAUAGUUUCUAAUGCAUUUGAGUAGGGCCCCUAGCUCAGCUGACAUAGCAUAUACUGUUGCUAUAAGUGUAGUUCCUUCCGAGGGAAGGUUAGAGUAUACAAAUGGUAAAUAUAAGAUUAUGCUGAACAGUUAUGAUCAAAGGGCACACUGCUAGACCAAAACCCAUACAAACAUGCCCCCAUCUUUCCUGUUGUAUCUGAGCUGUGAUUUGGUUCUUGCGCAUCUUGAAAUCAUAUGAUUUGUGAGGUCCUUUUUUAUUAUUGAACAUGAAAUGUUAUUUGAUGGCGUACUGAAUAUAAUUUUGACUCCCAUUUCAAAUCUAUCAGCUGCAGGGAUUUCUAUUCAUUUUAAAUCUGAGAAAUAGGCUACUUACAUAUUUAGAGAAAUUACUAUACUAUUCUAUAGUUUCAUACUACACUAUAAUUCUAUAAAACAAUACUAUGGCCCUAAAAUAAAUAUGUAAUUCCACGCAGCCAACACCAGAGGUCAAUAUAACGCAAUACAAUGAUUUGCACUUCAUGGAAACAGACCGAAGCUGCAAAUUUGUCAUUUGAAAGUCUGCAAUUACGAGAGUAAAAGUCUCUGAAGUCGUCUUUGCAAUGUGCUUAAUGUACAAGCCAAGGUCAUAAUGUUGUUUAAGUAUUUCCAUGUCAUAGUACUGUGUUAUUCAUUAUUAUAGGUUAUUGUAGGCACUAGAGUACCUCUACAUUAGCCCACCCCAUCCCCAGACACCGUUCAGAAGAAAAGGAAAAGAUAUGGAUGUUGGCCUAGCUAUAGCUGCAAUAUCCUCUUGGCAGGACGUCUUUGUAGUGGGGAGCAGCCUGCCCAACCCAUCCCUCAGUGCCAGGACUUGAGGAGAGAAGCGCUCACACGCACUGUACUCACGGCGCCUGCUCUGGUCCGCUCCUUCGACAGUGCGCAGCCUAUAAUUCAGUCCAGACAAGAGACACCCUCGACCAGGUCCCGGACUCUACCCUAGACUACUGCCGAGGCCGUUCUAACAGGACAUGCCUCGAAGAACGAAUCAUAGAAUAUAGGACCAACGAAUCCGAUUUCUUGCAAAGGAAAAGGUUGACAUAACGUGAAUUAUUUGGAGAGGCAGAGGUGUAUAAACAAACGGAGCAGAUAAAGAUGCCCUGUCUUCAUCGCCACCACCACAUUCGUUUAGCUUCCUUUUCAUUUUCUGCACAGACGCAGGAUACGUGGAAUUAUUGAUUAAAAGGGAAGAGGAUUCCAAUGUGGACGGGAGGAGAGGAGACACUCGUGACACUGACAAUCACAUCAAUUUAGGAGCGGCCCUUCAGAGGAUAGCCGUUUAUAUGUGAAGGACAGAAAUUAAGUCGUCUCCAGGAUAGCACUGUGAGCGAGUGCAUCCGAUCGGAGUUUCCUGGCGAUCUGCGGGACUGCUGCUCCACGUAUUUGCGGCCAUGCUGCGGGAAGCAUCCUCCGAGCUCUUCCCGACUUGAGGGGCUUUUACCAGCCGAUUGUUAUAACAGUGAAUUCGUUAAAAUUAUUUCGUGGUCUAGAAGACGGCUUUUCCCGAGGCUUUUUUGCAGUAUUUGUUUCGUCGUUUGCUAAAGGACUCUGCGCAGUGAGAGCUGAUCAUAUUUCACAUAGCUCUGACAUUUGUAUCCUAACAAAAUUCUGUGGAAAACAUUUAAUUAUUUAUAGACAAUGUUCCGUGAAUUGCAGAACAAAAGUUUUGGGUUGUGUGUCCCGGGUUGAAUAGUGUAGGCCUAUGGGGUUAAGUGUUUCUCUGUUUGUGUUUAUAGUAAGGCACGUGUCGCAGCCAAUUCGCUCAAGCUUAUUAUGUGAGUUAAACAUUGUAUUAAAAUCGGAAUUAAUGUGUUGGAUGUUGUUUCCCCUACUGGUAUUGCACUCUAACAGCUGGACAGUGUACCAUUCACGAGGGGACAGGUGUGUUGUCCAAAGAGUCAGGUGGGGAAGGAACCCAGAGGUCCUAUCCACUUUAAGCCCUUUAUGGGGGGGGUUAAUGUUUAGUGCAAAAACAAAUAUUUUUAUGCAAGUCAGCCUUGCAUGACUGCCUGGGGGAGCAAGUCAUUUCUUACAGCAGAUUCUAACAUCCAAACAUGGGCACCAAACAGACCAAAGGUGUUGGGGGCCAAGAGGCUGGGCCCAGCCCACAGCACGGGUGGAAACGAACCCCUACCAAGGAGAGGGGUGACAUCUUCACCUCCUUCAUGUUGAGGUCAGGGGACCGGCUGAGUCGUGGAGGGACCCCUCCGCCCUACCAGCGCCGGAUAGGCAUGAUCCAGGAGAUGAUGCUGAUGGCCAAGCAAGGCAAACAGGACAAGGCCACAGAGAUGCUGCAGACACUCCGGCAGGACUUGGGGAUGGAGUCCACAUCUCUGGAUGACGUGCUGUACCGUUACGCCAGCUUCAGGAACCUGGUGGACCCCAUCACCCACGACCUCGUCAUCAGCCUGGCCAGAUACAUCCAGUGCCCCCCCAAGACAGGCCCGGGGGAGGAUUCUCUGGGUGCCAUGGAGAAGGUAUGUCGCCAGCUGACCUAUCACCUGAGCCCACACUCACAGUGGAGACGGCAGGGCAUACUGAAGAGGAAGCCGCUGGCAUGUCUUAAGGUGAUGCUGUCGACCCCUCCCCCUAACGGGGCGCUGGACCUGUCGGGCAUCCCCCUGACGGUGCGUGACAUGGAGCGCCUGUGUGCCUACCUGCAGCGCCACGCGCCCAUCAUCUGCAGCCUGGAGCUGGGCUUCACCGAGCUCACCGACGAUGCCUUCCUCCUUCUCCUGCCCACGCUAGCCGCCCUGCCCCGCCUGGAGACCCUGGCCCUCAACGGCAACCGGCUGACCCGUGCCGUCCUCAAGGAGCUGACGGACAGCCUGAAGGAUCCGGCGAGCUUCCCCAGUGUCACGUGGAUCGACCUGGGCAACAACGUGGACAUCUUCUCCCUGCCCAAGCCCUUCCUGGUGAGUCUGAGGAAGCGCUGCCCCAAGCAGGGCAACCUGCCCACCAUCCUGGAGUUUGGUGAGAGCCAGGCCAGCGAGCCCGAGGGGAGGGUGGGGGAUGACGAUGACAGGGAUGACACCAACAGGACAGUGAGCAUGGAUGAACUGAGGUCGGAGAUGGAGGGGGAGAUGGACGGAGAGACGGAGAUUGAGGAGAUGAUGGAAGAGUUGCUGGACUUUGACCUGGAGGUGCAGGGGAAGGAGGACGAGAUAGAGGACAGCAUGUGGACAAUGGGGGAGCAGAGGAGGGAGGGAAAGAGGAGGGAGGAGACACGGGGACAGGGAAUUAGGAAGAUGGUGGAGAGGGCAGAGCUAGAGGAGGAAGACACACGGAGUGAGUCCUCCCACUUGUCGUGCUCCAGCCAGUCGCAGCAUUCCUCUGGAGUGGUUGAGCUGAUGGAGGAUGAAGGAGAGGAGGGGACUGAUCACUUAGACCACCUAACCUGAGCAAGAACCCCAGUCCACUCUGCUUGUAACUUCCCUUCCCACAUUUUGUCUAGAAGGAGAAGAGAGCAGUACCAGCAAACAGUGAACGUUGUUAUAACGUUAGAUAACGUUAUUGGAAUGCAUAGGUAACCGGAACUUGUUUUCUGGGUUGGACAUCUGGGGCAGGGACUCUGUCAUCUCAACCUACUGGAAUGGAUCCGGAAUAACCAACUGAUCUGGGUGGACUGUUUGUCCAUAGAUGUACAGUUUAGGGAGAUGACAAUCCAGGUUGAAAGAGGAGGACGUUUGUGAUAACUCUUAUUGUUGUUUCAUUAUGAAUUAGGAUUAUAAUCCUCUGUAGUAAAGAGUAAUAGAUAUAUUAUAUAUCAAAUGUAGAAAACAUAUACAUUUUCUAAUGUACAUGUGAGUAUGUCAAAGCUGGCAUGUAUGAGAUGUUUCAUUCAGGUUUUACUCCCUGCUCAUCCUGUCCUAUAGAUGGAUGAAUGCCUAUGUGCCUGUCACUUGUUCCCCCCUUGGUGGAGAGACUGUGUAUGACGGACGGACGGACGGGUAGGUAGACGGACGGACGGACGGGUAGGUGGACGGACGGACGGACAGGCGGACGGGUGGACGGACGGACGGGUAGGCGGACGGACGGACGGACAGGUAGGCGG